AUGACGUCCACGCGCAAGUUCCGUUGCGACGACUUGUUCCGAUUCAACAAUGUCAACUUGGAUGUCCUGACUGAGACCUACAACAUGCCGUUCUACUUGCAAUACUUGACCAAGUGGCCCGACUACUUCCUCCUGCAAGAAGACCCGAACGGCACCAUGAUGGGAUACGUCAUGGGAAAGGCCGAAGGCAAGGGUGAGAACUGGCACGGUCAUGUGACAGCGGUGACGGUUGCCCCCGAAUUCCGCCGCCUCGGUCUGGCCAAGAACCUCAUGGACUACCUGGAGAACGUUUCCGUCGAGCUGUACGACGGGUACUUUGUCGACUUGUUUGUGCGCGUGUCCAAUACGCCGGCCAUUGGCAUGUAUGAAAAAAUUGGGUAUUCUGUCUACCGUCGGGUCAUUGGUUACUAUUCUGGCGACGACGACGGCGAAGAUGCCUUCGAUAUGCGCAAGGCAUUGCCGAGGGACAAGGACAAAAAGUCCAUCAUCCCCCUGCCGUACCCGACGAGUGUUUGGACCGGGUUUUCUGCAGGAUGUGCACUUGCCGCGGCAGUUCUCAUGGGGCUUUUCAUGCAAACUCCACCGGACAACACAACGAUGAUGCUGAGUGUCGUCGUGUCUGUCGUGGUCGCGCUGCUUGUGCUACGCGUCCUCUACAUGUGCCUUCAGAGGAUUCUACCGAAAGCGAUGAUAGCGGACUUGACAUAUGUCGACUAAGGAGACCUCAUGCUUGCUCUACAUGUUCCCCUUCAUGCACAUGCUGGCAAGUCCACAUGCAUCACUGUCGGC